GACGGGAGUGUGCUGCGCAUGCGCGCGCGUCAAAGCUUAUGUGUUGCGCCAUUAUGGUUAAUAUAAGCCAGGCUGACGUUCUUACAAGUGUUUAUUUAUUUGUAAAGCCGACGCGGUGAUAACAAGACGGUCGUCCAACAUUGUCUGAAAGAACAGCCUUCAUUCCUCCUUCUCCUUCCCCCCCAUUCCCAAUUGAACUUUUUUCUUGGUGAUGGCUUGUUUGGCCACUUUGAAACGAGACAUCAAACUUCUUGAGGCAGCUUUUCCCAAAGCUCAUGAACGAUUUCAAAUCCGCUCUGCUUCCGUCGACGAGUUGGCCUGUCGUUUUGUUGUGAGCGAAGGCGAGUACUAUGAUAUCCACGCCAAUAUAACGGAGACGUAUCCUCAGUCUGCUCCGAUAUGGUUCAGUGAUAUUGAAGACCCAAUGAUAACCAGUGCAAUUGAACAUUUGUGCAAUGCCACUGCUGAUAAAUACACUAUAUUAGAUCAAGUGAAAAUUUUGUUAACACAGCUCUGCUCACUUCAUAAUGUACCAGUUCCGUUUGAAGUGACAAAUAUCGACAGAGAUCUUGCUGCAAAAAACCAAGCCAUUCGGUCUAAUCGAGAAGAUUCUGAUGAUGAUGAAGAAGAAUUCCAUUAUGAGAUGGAAGAGGAAGUUCCAGGAGAGACCAAAAGUAAAGAUGAUAUUGAUGGAAUUGAUGCAGGAAACUUAGUGGUGUUGGAAAAAUUAAAACAGAAUCAAAGACAAGACUAUCUCAAGGGCAAUGUUUGUGGCUCAGUCCAGGCAACAGAUCGGUUGAUGAAAGAAUUGAGGGAAAUAUUUCGAUCUGAAAGUUACAAAAAGGCUAUCUACACAAUAGACCUAGUCAGUGAAUGUUUGUAUGAAUGGAAUGUCAAAUUAUUCAAAGUGGAUCAGGAUAGCCCUCUACAUGCAGAUCUUAUAACAUUUAAAGAAAAAGAGGGGAGGGAUCACAUUCUAUUAAAUUUUACAUUUAAGGAUUCAUUUCCAUUCGAUCCACCAUUUGUGAGAGUUAUCAAUCCAGUAAUCUCAGGAGGCUAUGUUCUAAGCGGAGGAGCCAUCUGUAUGGAACUUCUCACAAAACAAGGUUGGAGCAGUGCCUACAGUAUAGAAUCUGUCAUACUCCAAAUAUCUGCUACUUUGGUUAAGGGAAAAGCACGAAUAAACUUCUCAGCUUCUAAAGUAAGUAAUUCUAAGAAUCAAUACAGUCUAGCUAGAGCUCAGCAGACAUUCAAGUCAUUGGUGCAAAUUCAUGAAAAAAACGGUUGGUUCACGCCACCAAAAGAAGAUGGUUAAUCAGUCCAGAAGCUGGUAGCAGAAAUGCAAACUUUUCCCUUUGUUUAUUCACUCUCCUCUUCUCUUCUCCACUUUCCUUUCCUUCUUUCUCUUCCUGUCACUACACACACUCGUGCGCGCACACACACAUACACACACACACACACACACACACACACACACACACACACACACACACACACACACACAUAUAAAAGGGAAAAAUUUGAAAGAAAAAAAAAGCAACAAAAAAUCAUUUUUGGAAUUCUUCAUGAAUGAAUGUCCUUUCUCUUAAAAUGUGUUUGGUUAGAGUCUCUCAUUUCACUUCCUUUCACCAUAAAUGCUGCUCUUUCUUUCAGCAUCAGUUGAACUUUGAAUGUUGAGCAACCUUUUAAUAAAGUAGCACUUAUGAACAACCACAACAGAAGGAGAAACGGAAAAGAGAAAGCCUCUCAUGUACAUUGUAACCAUUGCACCCCCGCACACACGCACACACACACACACACACGCACACACACGCACACUCCUACUGUUUACCGAUUCCUAAACUGCUUGCAAUAUUCACCAAGCCAAAUUCCUUCAAAUAUGCAAACAUUUAUGGAAUGUAAUUGUUUAAAAGAGAGUGAGAGAGAGAGAGAAAAGAAAAAGACAAUUAUAUAAUUUCAGGACUUGGACGAAAACAAACAAAAAAAAAAGUCCAAAACAAAACAAAACAACAACAACAACAACAAAAAAAGUGAAAUGUCAAUUUUACUUCAAUGGAAGGACAAAAACAGAUCCAGACUUUCAACUGGAAUAUUUCAUCCUGUCUUGCAGUACACUAGCUUUAGGAACACUUUUUGGUCUGUACCCUUAUAAGCUUUUGGGGUUAACUUCAGAGGUUUGUUUAAAACUUUAGUUUCUUUUUUUCCUUUGUUUGUCCUUGUCUCUUUUUUUCCUUCUAAUUUAUUCCCACCUUCCUUCUCAAGGUAGAAAGUGUUACUAUCCCUUUUUAACUUCUUUUUUUUCUUCCUCAUGGUCAUAAUAUCCAUGUUGUUUAGUUCUCUUCAGAAGAAAAUACAUGUUUGGAGAUGCUGAGGGCAAAGAAAACACAUUUUCUAUUUCAGUUUGUAAGGGUCAUCUUUAUAUUCUUUGCUAGUUGUUUAAUAAUUAAAGGUAAGGUUAACAUUUGGAGGUGAAUUUAACUUGAAAAACAAUAUAAUUUUCAUCUAUCUGUCUUUCUAGCUUGUGUUUUGAUUCAAGGAAUAAUUCUUUAAAACCAUUUUCUUGCUCGUCAUUUGCUAGAAAGGAUUCAAAUACAGAAUGAGAUAGUUUCAAUGUCUGAAAAUGGCCUUAUGUAUUUUCCCCACUCCUUCUGAUGAAAUUUGGCUUUUCUAGGAUUUCAUAAUGAACACUUCCAAAAAUUGCAAUUAACUCUAAUAAAAUUAAAACAUUAUCAUCCAAUUUCAUCGAUUGUGGCUCUGGUAUUUUUUUCUUUUUUUUUGUUAUUUUAAUCUAGGAAAAUUGGUUAAGUUUAGAAAUCCAGUCCUCUGUAUUUUAUUUUUAGUGUUUAUGCUUUCAUUUUGUCAUUGGAUUCUUUUCAUUGGAUUGAUGAUAGUUGAAAGCAUAACAGGGGCUCAUUCUUUUAUCUUGUUUGUGGCAGCAGUUGAAAUUUGUAAAAAUAUUUAAAAAAUAAUAAAAAAAAAAAAAGGAAAGAAAAGAAAAAAAAUGUUCUUUGAAUUGCUGGAAUCAUGUCUUAGCCAUGGAGACAAACCUGUGAUUUUCACUCAAACUCUUGUUUGAUCUUAAACCCUUUUCUGCAUUUUAUUCAAUUCUUGGAUUAUUAUGGCCUAAACCCCCCCCCCAAAAAAAACAAUCCUCCAAAACUGGUCUUUUGCUUUUUUUUUUUUUUUUUUACUACCAAAUCCAUUGUGAAGUAAUUGUUUUAAAGAAUUGGUGUACAGUAUAAAGAUAAUAUACCAUUGAUUGGAAAAAUUCAUCAAAUAAAGGGAAAUCUUUUAAGCAGAGGCAGAGAAUAUGUUGGGAAAAUCUUUUGAACUAUUUUCAGGACCAGUUCCAUGUAACCAAAUGUAAGUUGGUGGAUAUUGCAGUUUAUGGUUUGCUUGAAUAAACUCAUGUUUAAAAA